UUACCCGGAAGUGAUCCUGGAUGCCGACAAUAACAAGCCCUGCCGAAAUGCGGAUGGAGAUGUCUAAAGCCGAGCGUCUGAACGAGCGCGUGAGCGAGCUGCUGACGGCGGCGGUGCAGCGCGUGCUGGAGGCGGUGCGGGACACGGUGCGGGAGUACGAGGAGAAAAGCGCGCAGACGCAGAGGGAGAACGAGAGACUGCGGAGGAGAGUGCAGGAGCUGCAGGACCAGCUGGACAGGGACACCGCAGUUUCACACAUCACUGCCCAGCUCACUGUGUCUCCUCCUCCUCCUCCUCCUACUUCGUUUGGACAGAAGAAACCUUCAUGCAGUCGUCAGUCAGACACCACGGCGUUGAAAGACAAGCCGUGUUUCAAGGAGGAGCCACCCAACGACGCGCAAAACGGCUUGUUUCCCGCUGAAAUCAAAACCGAAAUGGAACAGUCGGACUACCCGGGUGCAGAAGAACCCGUUCUGGAACCCGUUCUCCAAAACACCUAUUUCCCCUGCACGCAUUUGCAGUUCCAUGCGUCUCAAAACGAGGCGGACUUCCCCGCAGCGCCUCCGUGCAACAACACGGACACUCUGGACACCUUUGUAGAGCAUUUCCCCUUUGAGGAAGACGGCUGGAGACAGCAGAGCCGGGACGAGCGCCACAUCUGUCUGCUGUGUGGGAAAAACUUUAACCGACUCGCCAACCUGCGCAUCCACCAGCGCUGCCACACAGGGGAGAAGCCGUACACGUGCUCGCACUGCGGCCGGCGCUUCAGCCACAGCGGAAACCUGCAGAAACACAAGCGCGUGCACACGGGCGAGAGGCCGUACCAGUGCCCGCAGUGCAGCAAGAGCUUCUGCCAGUCCAGCCAUCUGAAGAAGCAUCAGAUGGUCCACACGGGCCGACACGUCACUGUCACCAGGAGGAACAUGGAGCUCUGAAGGAACCUCAGGGUGUCAAAAGUCACUUUUUUUUUUGUUUGUUGUUGUUGCUCUGGCUCCGCCCACUGCACUGUCCUGACUCUGAAAAUUGUGAUUGUGUACUGUAUUGUAAGACCUUAACACGGUGUUCAUAGGGCUACGUAACACCAACUUAAGCCCUUCUUGAUAACAGUCACAAGCCUGCACGUUGAAAAGUAUACUAACAUUUUAACAAAACCGCGUUUAACUGACAUUCUCUGGAAGCUCUGCCCCCUUCCCCAUUUUAUACUGUUAAUGUUUUGGCCGUGUAACAAAUAAACGGGCCUCGUUUAUCAAGAUUUACGGAUUUGUGCGCAAACCGUUCGUACAAGCCUGUACACACAAACACAGUUUAGUAUUCGUGAGAAUUCCGUAAAUUCUGAAAAACGUUCGUAUCCUGCUUGUGUUCCUGAUGGUGUGUAAACAUACUCGUUUGAAGACUAACCAACGUUGCUUUUAAACUUCAGUGAAAAUUUGGAGUUCGGUUUGGCUAACCAAAAAUCAAGCGAAUAUUCGUAGCGGCCUGCGAUUAUUUUGGAAAUCGCCACAUAUUUCCCGCCGAUUCAGACCGGACGCAUCACGUGACGUCAUCAUGACGUGCAUUCAGCGAAAAUCCUCUUCGAUUCACAUGCAUAGAAACAUGAGUACAGCUAAAAGGUCUCGUUUAACAACAAACAUCACUGUGAAAGAUUUCACACAGUUGCGAUUUCGCCGAUUCGAGUAGUUUUCCGUGGAAAAAAAAGAACGAAAAACUCCGAGUCGCAUCGCAGAUUUCGGGGGGAAAAAACAACGAAAAGCCGCAGAAAAAUCACUAAAACAUUCUGCGAAAUCCUGACUUACACACAACUUUACUUAAAGAUUGAUGAAUGAGGCCCCAAUGUUUUUAUAUAUAUAUAUAUAUAUAUAUAUAUAUAUAUAUAUAUAUAUAUAUAUAUAUUAGUUACAUCAGUUGUUGUUAAGGGCUUAUGCAGAUGUCAGCGUAGCUGUAUGAACACUGGUGUUAAAUUUGACUGUUGUAAUUGGAUGCUGGUUAAAACAUAAGAGUUGUACAGAUGCGGAUUUGUUAACCUAAAUUUACGAGCUCGUAGUUUGUGUACGAUUCUUUUUCUGACAGGAAACGAUGGCCGACCCGUUGCUUACCGACGUGUUCACGUCUUCAGAGACGACACAAAAAAACCAUCAAAACGUCACUUCGGAUAAAAGUGGCCCAAUGACAGUCUUUGUGUUUUAUAAAUUAUUCUGCGUGUUCUGUGGCUGCAGAAAAAUAUCUGUACAUUAUCUGCAUAACAUAAUGUAUUAUAUAAUUGUAUGUUUUUAUGUAAUAUAUUUGACUUAAAGAAUAUAAAAAAAAAAACUUCAAAGGUU